ACUGGUUUAGAGCGGACGCGUCGGAAACCUCCCCUGAGGGGCCCCAUGUAAUUCGAUGCAUGCUGUUAAAGCUUAGAGUAUAUUGUCUUCCCUUUUGCUUAUGAAGCCUCCACCCACCGGCCCACCCUACAUUUAGCGGAUCAUGUGACUCGGGGCAGGCUAAGAAACAGGAUGUUAAUGCUUGACGGAAUGCCUGCAGUCCGAGUCAAAGCCGAGCCCCUGGAAUCGGAACAAGGGUCACCCAAAGUGCGCCCUUACACUGCGAUGGACGGCGUCCCCUUUUUCCUCAGCAGAGUUAAACCGGAACCUCCCGAAGACCUGCUCGCCCACGACCUGCACUUCCACACGCAGACCGAGCCCGUCGACCUGUCCAUCAACAAACCCCGCCCCUCCUCUUCAUCCGCCACCACGAUUUCAUCGUCAUCCCCCCUCAGAUCCGCCUUCUCCCCGUCUUCGUUAUCGUCGUCAUCCUCCUCCUCCUCCUCUCCAUCUGUUAUCACCUCAGCUUCGUCGGUGCUCACAUCGGGCCCUCUGGUUGCCCCGGGAACUGGGGUGAGAGGUCAGCCAUAUUUGCACAUCCUGCACUCUGUGCCUCCGCCUCCAUCCAGCCCUCUGAGCCUGCAGGGAGCCGGGAAGCUCGCCAGCCAUGUUCACCGCAUCCCAGUUGUGGUACAGUCACUGCCCCUCAUGUACACCACUGCCGUUCGAUCACCCUCCAGCCUCAACAAUGCCAUCAUGCUACCUCUGCUGGAUGAGGCCAAAAGCCAGGGCAAAGCACACAUAGACCCCAACGGCCUGUCGCCAAGGCAGAUCAAAAGUGACAGCGAUGACGAUGACCUGCCAAACGUGACCUUGGACAGUGUUAAUGAGACCGGCUCUACCGCGCUGUCUAUAGCCCGUGCUGUACAAGAUUCCAUGUCCCCGUUCAGUAUCGACAGCAUACGGCGUCCUCGGAGGUCGGAGUCACCGGAUUCCAAAAAGAGAAGAAUCCACAGAUGUGACUUUGAGGGGUGCAAUAAGGUGUACACCAAAAGCUCGCAUUUAAAAGCACACCGGAGGACGCAUACAGGUGAAAAGCCAUACAAGUGUACCUGGGACGGUUGCACCUGGAAGUUCGCCCGCUCUGAUGAGCUGACGAGGCAUUACAGGAAACACACAGGGGUGAAGCCCUUCAAGUGUGCAGACUGUGACCGCAGCUUCUCCAGAUCUGACCACUUGGCCCUGCACCGACGGAGACACAUGCUGGUGUGAAUCAGACGGAGCGCGAUAAAGAGAGAGAUGGAGAGGUCAACGAAAA